UCCAUGUCAGAACUAUGGUUCUAUGGUUCAAUUCAAUGUAGUGGGUCUAAAGUUUGUUCUAAAUUAUUAAAAACGAAUCAAUCAACACAUGCUUUUCUAUGAACGACUUAAUAUGAUAAUCAACUUUAAUUAAUUAAAAAAUAAACUUUUGGUUCCUCAACUGCGUUGCCACUCCAGUCAGCAGAUGGCGAUGUGCGUCUUUUAGGUUCAGGCGAUGCUGCCAGUGUGACGUAUAAUCUAGUGGACGGGACGCUGCUUCAACAACAACAGUUCGACACCCUCGGUAGCUUAAUAGCAAACAUAGCUACAACAUUCACUCUCUUUAUACUGUUUUUGGUGUAUAUUAGUCGCUGUGUACUAAACACACUUCUGUCUUAUGUACGUGUUGACCCAUUUAAUUAUAUAAUUACGUUGUUUGUCAGCUAGCUGGUUUGCUAAAUUAGCUUAGAACUAGGCUAGUUGCUAAUGCUAGCUAGCGAACAUCCCCGACCAUGAGUUCACUAAGCUGCUCUCCUCCUGCUAAAGAAGAGGAGGUCUUCUGGACGGAGAAAGAAGUUCUCCCGAAAGAGGAGGAGGAAGAGAAGGAUGUUUCAAUACAAAAACAAGUAGAGGGUGAAGCUGUUACCGUGAAAGAAGAAGAGAAAGACGUUUCAGUGGAAGAAAAGGAAGACUCGUUCAGAUUGAAAGAGGAGGAGGCGGAGAUGACUGUCACAUCGGUAAAGGAGGAGGAGGAAGAAGAGGACACUGGACAUCUGGGCCCGGUUUCCCAAACGCAUCUUAAGGCAUCCUAUGGUUCUAACGGUGAACUCAGCCGUAAGAUGGUUUUGAGAAACCGGGCCGUGAUUAACACUAGAGAGAGACGUGACUAUCGUGGAUCCUCUGGGGAGCCUCAACAACAUCAUGAAGCUGAUGAGGCAGAGAAGAGUCCCUCCCGAUCAGAACUCCUCAAGAAACACCCGUGGAGACCAACAGGGAAGAAAUCUCACUGCUGCUCUGACUGUGGGAAGAGUUACUUAAGAUCAAAUUCACUAAAAGUACACAUGAGAAUUCACACCGGAGAGAAACCUUAUAGCUGUGAUCAAUGUGGGAAGAGUUUUACUACAUCUAGCCAUAGGAUUGCACACCAGAGAACACACACAGGAGAGAAACCUUAUAGCUGUGAUCAAUGUGGGAAGAGUUUUACUCAGUCAAGCAGCCUGUUAUCUCACCAGAGAAAACACACAGGAGAGAAACCUUACAGCUGUUAUCAAUGUGGGAAGAGUUUUACUCAGUCAAGCAACCUUGUAUCACACCAGAGAACACACACAGGAGAGAAACCUUAUAGUUGUGAACAAUGUGGGAAGAAUUUUACCACAUCCAGCCAUCUGAUUGUACACCAGAGAACACACACAGGAGAGAAAUCUUAUAGCUGUGAACAAUGUGGGAAGAGAUACUCUGAUAAAUGAUCUCUGAUCAAACAUCAGAAAAUACAUACAUGAAGUAGUUGUUUCAUGAUAUCAAUGAAUUAAUGUCACAAUGUAGAAUGUUUAAACAUUGUAGUAGGAGUAUUUUAAUGAUGUCACAAUGUAGAAUGUUUUAACAUUGUAGUAGCAGUAUUUUGAUGUCACAAUGUAGAAUGUUUUAAUAUUGUAGUGGGAGUAUUUUAAUGAUGUCACAAUGUAGAAUGUUUUAACAUUGUUGUAAGAGUAUUUUAAUGAUGUCACAAUGUAGAAUGUUUUAACAUUGUAGUAGCAGUAUUUUAAUGAUGUCACAAUGUAGAACACUAAACGUUUGCCCCCUGUUCAAUUGAUUUCUGCAUGAUAUGGAUAUUAGCCUCAGGGGGAAAAUCCAGGCUCUGAAUUGAAAGAGUGCUAUUUAUAUGAUAUAACAGAAAGUGACUAACACAAAAAGAGCCGUGUUACACUUACAGCAUUGGUGACCCACUUGAAUCAAAAUGUAGCUAGAUGUUUUCUACAAGUUGUCCUCUAACCAUUGAUGUACACAUUAUUCCCUGAUUCCAUGGGGUUUUUGAGCUGUUAGUUUUAACAGGACAAACUCAUCUCCCCCUUUCACACAAAUGAUUUCAACAUGAUAUCGAUGAGUGAUGAAAAAUAAGUGUUGCGUUCCUUUGUUUAACGACCUCUACAUUUAAAUGCAUCUCUCCAAAAUGUAGCUGACUGUCUUCUGCAGGUUGUCCUCUAACCAGGGAGGUAAAAUAUAUCUCCCAUUUCCAUGUGUUUUUUUAGUUGUGUUAGUUUCAACAGCACCAACAACCUGAUUUCCCCCCUAAUUGAUAUCAGUGAUUUAUUGCUUCUUGUCAAAACAACAGUGUUUCUGGCUCUCGUGCAUUUUAA